UCACUCUCUUGCUCUCAGGCGGAUGAUAGGAGCUUCCUGAAAGAGGGCAGUCAUGUACGUAAUUCCUCCCGCGUCCGCCGAAUCUAAAGGUUAUCAUUAAGACAGAUGUGCCCUGUAGACCAGGACUUCCGUAGUUGCUGUGGAGAUAUACAUCACAUUAAACCAGGGGGGAAAUAUUUGAUUAAAGUUUUGCCAAAGAAGGAUCUGAAGCAACUGAGAGAAACCUCAUCGAAGCACAAGACAAGCAUGCCUGAAGACGAGAGGAGAAAAGGAGACUGAGGAUAAGAUGUCCUAUUCUGACACCAUUUGCAUUCAGCUGUAUCUCUCAUACAACACUCAAUUCCUUAAUUGAUUCCUUAUCAAGGACUCUCCAGGAGUGAUUGGAUACAAUGAUAACCAAUCAGCUCGCUUUGCUCAUGUUGUUGUCCAUCCCGGAGUGGAGCUCCGCCCUGAUCCGCCCCGUGCCUGGAAUUAGCACGGCCGAAAGGGACGGACGGACACUUCACCGCACUAAACGCGGCUGGAUGUGGAAUAGUUUCUUUCUCUUGGAGGAGUGGACUGGAAGUGGAAAGCAAUAUGUAGGCAAGCUUCAUUCUGACAUGGACACAGAGGACGGCUCUGUGAAGUAUGUUCUCACAGGAGAUGGAGCCGGAACAAUUUUUGAGAUUGAUGAGAAAUCGGGAGAUAUCCAUGCUACCAGAAGACUGGAUCGAGAGGAGAAGUCCUCCUACACGCUGAGCGCUAAAGCAAUCAACAAAACCUCCGGCCAGGUCCUGGAGAGGGCCUCUGACUUCAUCAUCAAAAUCCAUGACAUCAACGACAACGAGCCAAAGUUCAGUAAGGACACCUACGUGGCGAGUGUUCCUGAGAUGUCCAGCAUUGGUGCAUUUGUGAUGAGAGUAACAGCUACAGAUGCUGAUGAUGAAUCUUACGGAAACAGUGCAAAACUGGUAUACAGUAUAUUACAGGGACAACCCUACUUCUCUGUGGAGCCUGACACAGGUGUUAUACGGACAGCUCUGCCCAAUAUGAUUCGAGAGAACAGGGAGCACUACCAGGUGGUGAUCCAGGCUAAGGACAUGGCAGGACAGAUGGGGGGUCUCUCGGGGACCGCCACAGUCAAUAUCACGCUGCUGGAUGUCAAUAACAGCCCUCCACGCUUCCCUCAUAGUGCCUACCACCUCUCCACGCCUGAGUCGGCUGAAGUGGGAUCUUCUGUUGGGCGGAUCAAGGCCAACGAUGCUGACGCCGGUGUGAAUGCAGAAAUGUGGUACAGCGUUUUGGACGGCGACGGGCAGGACGUGUUUAGUAUCGUCACGGACGCCACCAGUCAGGAGGGGGUGAUCACAGUCAAGAAGCCACUAGAUUACGAAAGCAAGAGGACAUACUCACUGCGCGUACAGGUGACGAACACACAUGUGGAUCCGCAGUUCGGUCACUUAGGUCCGUUCAGUGACACGGCCACAGUCAGGAUUGCGGUCACAGAUGUGGACGAACCACCCGUCUUUGGUCGUAGUCAUUACAUCUUCGAAGUGGACGAGAAUGCGCCUCCUGGGAGCUCUGUCGGCACGGUAUCUGCCCGGGACCCUGAUGCCACCAAUCACCUGGUCAAAUACACCAUCGAUCGACACACAGACUUGGAGAGGCUGUUUAAUAUCAACUCCAACAAUGGCACCAUCAGCACUCUGCAAGCUCUGGACAGAGAGACGUCCAAAUGGCAUAACAUCUCGGUUCUAGCCACAGAAAUCAGUACUUCUCUGCAAACCAGAGUGCCUGUGUUCAUCAAAGUUCAGGACGUGAACGACAAUGCACCUGAAUUUGCCAUGUAUUAUGAGACCUUUGUCUGUGAAAAUGCCAAAGCUGGUGAGCUCAUUCAGACCAUAAGUGCAGUGGAUACAGAUGAGCCUGUCAUCGCACACCAGUUUGUGUUCAGUCUGAGCACAGUCAACCCUAACUUCACCAUCUACGACAAUGAAGAUAACACAGCGCGGAUACUGACACGCAGGGGAGGCUUCAGUCGGCAUGAGAUGAACUCGUACCUGCUGCCUGUUGUGAUCUCCGACAAUGACUACCCCAUCCAGAGCAGCACCAGCACUCUAACCGUGAGGGUGUGCGCAUGUGACAGGAGCAGGAACGUGCAGACCUGCAGUACUGAAGCCCUGCUGCUCUCUGCUGGACUAAGUACUGGAGCGCUGGUGGCUAUCUUACUUUGCAUCAUCAUACUGCUCAUGAUUGUGGUCCUGUUUGCGGCGCUGAGGAGGCAGAAGAAGAAAGAGCCUCUGAUCAUCUCCAAAGAGGACGUGAGGGACAACGUGGUGAGCUACAACGACGAAGGUGGAGGGGAGGAGGACACGCAGGCCUUUGACAUCGGAACCCUGAGGAACCCCGAAGUCAUCGACACCAACAAAAUGCGACGUGAUAUUAUCCCAGAAAUGCUGUUCCCCUUCCGACGCAUUUCUCCAAUAAAAGACAACACAGACGUGAGGGACUUCAUUAACUGCCGUCUUCAAGACAACGAUUCGGACCCCACAGCACCUCCUUAUGACUCACUGGCCACCUACGCCUAUGAGGGCAACGGCUCGCUAGCAGAGUCCCUCAGUUCACUCGAGUCCUCAGCAACUGAGGGUGAUCAGGAUUUUGACUACCUUAGCCACUGGGGGCCACCGUUCAAAAAACUGGCAGACAUGUAUAUAGGAAAAGAGACACAGAGAGAGACCUAAAGACAAGUUGUAACGCAGUACUGUGUAUUCUGACUCGUGUCACUACAUGAACUUACACCCACCAGAAUCCCACUAUUACUCAGCUGUAUAAUCCAGUUAGAAUGAAGACUUGAAAAUCUCACUCAGCUACUGGGGACAUUUUAAACACACACACACACACACACACACACACACACACACACACACACACACACACACACACACGUUAGAAUCAAUGAAGACUUGAAAAUCUCACUCAGCUACUGGGGACAUUUUAAACACACACACACACACACACACACACACACACACACACACACACACACACACACACACACACACACACGUUAGAAUCAAUGAAGACUUGAAAAUCCUACUCAGCUACUGGGGACAUUUUAAACACACACACACACACACAUACACACACACACACG